GACCUUUGAACCCUUUGCUGCCGUCAACGUUUUUCUUGGAAAGAGAUGGCAAACAUCGCGAGUAUUGGGUCUCUAUUCCGGAAAACAAAGAACGACCCCGAGUUUGCGGAGAUCCAGCAACGUGUCCGCCAUUCGCUGCUGAAGACUCUCUCCAGAGCCAUCAAGGAGGUCCAGGUCCUGUCCACGGAGUGCGAGGAAGGAGGGCGGGUGGGGGACUGUCAGCCCACGCAGAGACUGUGCACGCGGUUCGAGAACGCCCUGAGACACGGGCUGAAGGCGAGGUGGUUCGGCCAGAGCAGCACGUUCUGGCCGCUGGUCCUCCAGAUAUCGAGGAAACAGGCCAUCGAGUAUAUCAGUGGUCUACAGUAUGCAGUGAGUGAGACUGGGCGGUGUAGGGCCUGGAUAAGAAUGGCCGUCAACGAGUGUUCCCUGGAGAGCUACAUCGGAGUCAUCUGUCAGAACAGCUCUCUCAGGAGGUCGGAGAACCAACUACAUUUCUACAGCUACGGUUCCAAUAGUUUGCGUUUGUGUGAGAAUCACAUUUGAAUCAACACCUAACAACACCUGAUACAGACACAUACAGCAUUGCCUUAAAACAUAGAGCACACUCUUUAUGCCUAUGGUCUCAAUAAUAAUUAAACCUACAUCAAUGUACAAUUAGGGUGUAAUACUGUAUAUUCUGCUCUGUUUGUCUCGUCUGCAGCCAGCACUAUGAAGUGCAUGCCUUCAUGAGGGACGAGGAUGUGGUGGGGCCUCUGCAGCAGCUGCUAGCAGGUCUCUCGCAGAUCAACUUCAACAUAACGGUGGACACAGCCAGUCUGGAGUACGAGGCAGUACCGGAGGCCCUGCAGCCUCCAUUACAACUGAGACUCCCAAGACACCUGCUGGAUGACAAAGAUGUUCACCAAAAGAAACGUCGACGCAGGCACCACAAGGCAUCGUCCAGGUCACAUGACCGACAUGUGACACCCAUCGACAACAAAUCACAUGAUCGUCACGUGACACCUAUUGAGGAUAGCGAUGGAGACGGAGAGAGCAGUGUCAGCGCGUCCAGUGAUGAGGAGGAGGAGGAGGAGGGGAGAGGGGGAGAGAGGAAUCUGGAGGUGUUUUUGACAGAGAGUGAAAAAAGAGGAGACGUGAAUGGAGGAGGAAAUGAAACACAGGUGGCUUUGGUGCUUUCUGAAGAAGGAGAAGAGGAGAAACAAGGGAAAGUUGAAGACGUUUUCAGAGAGAGAGGAAAGUGGGAAGCUGAUUCUUUGGGGACUUACCAGACAGAGGUGCAAACCUCAGAGUUGGAGGGAGUUGCGGAUGACUUGUGGGGUCGUCAGAGAGAGGCUGGAGGGAGUGGAGAGAUAGAGGAGGAUGGUGAUGGAGGUGGUGAGGUGGUGGGAGCAGGGGACGGUGAAGUGGGGGAAGAUGGAAUGUCUUUAUCCAACCAAAUUGAGGAUAGCCAUCAGGACAAGAAUCAGGAAAGGUUUCUGGACGAAGUUCAGGACAACAGGGAUCAGGACAAUGUUACAAACAGCGCUCAAGAUAUACAACAGGACACACUUUUAGACGACAAUUAUUGUAGAGUAGGGGCCUCAGGAAUGGAGGGUGAGAACGAAGAAGAAGAGAGAGAAGAGAAAGAUAGAGAAGAAAGCACCUGUUCUGAGAUGGAGGCUACCACUGUUCCACUGGAGAUGAGAGAACCUCAGAUCUUGGAAUCGAGACAGAUCCCAAGUCCUGAUUCCAGACCAGUUGCCGCCAUUCCAAACCAGUUUGGAACGGGGUCACCCCUGCAAUUAUUACCAACACCAUUCAAUCUGGAUUCCGUUCCGGACCAGACCUCGAAAAACCCGUUUGACCAGUUGGAGCAGGGCCUUGUUGGAGACCACACCUACUUGAGAGUUCGAAAUCCUUUUGACAACUCUCCUCCUGAUAAAGAUCUAGCCACACCCACUGCUGACUCUGCCCAAAAUGGCUUCCUCCCGACACCCUCCAGCCAACCACACCCGACAACGAUAAAUCCAUUUGACUCCACCCGUGACACACCCUCUCCGUCUCUUUCCAGCCUGUCGAGUAGCGACUACUUCAGGGGGAAAUCCCCUUCGUUAGCCGGUCGUCAGGAGGGGGGAGGGGGGGAGAGGCGAGUUUCGAGAGCCGACAGUCUUGAGUGGUCAAUUUACAUGGAGCAGAACAUGGUGGACAUGCCUGGGGGCGUGGCCACUUCCGAACUGGCCUUGGAGGAAGACUAUUACUCCGCUGAGUUGGGAAUGGCAGAGUUGCUAGAGACGAUACAGAGACUGAAGAAAGAUCUGAUUACAUCAUCGUCCUCCAUUCCUCCUCUGUCACCCGUGGAGCAACAUGCACUGCGCAGGAAGAUUGUCCGUCUCCAGCUUCAACUGCACAACAAGAAAGAGGAGGAGGAAGAGAGUGGGGCGGCGUACGAGGAGGUGAGUGGACACAAGUUUGUCCGGCAGCCGCGACAGAGGAGGGUUUUGCGAGACGUCUCCUGUCUGGCCUGUAAGAAGAGGGUGCGAGGUCUCAUCAGGGAGUGGCACCGCUGCAAGACUUGUCGGAGUGUGUGUCACAAGAAGUGUCUGUCUUCCGUCGUCAACCAAUGCUCCGUCCCUGGAGAUGAUGUGGAAUACAUCUUAGAGAUGUGCCCAGAGGUGGGACUAACAGAUCAGCAGUUUCGCUUGUGUCAGAUGUAAUCGCCAACUGACGCAGACCCCAACCGGUAGAGGUCAGACUGUGUGACUACGAUGGGCGUCACUACUGUCCCGACUGUCACACCAACGACCUGGCCGUCAUCCCUGCUAGAGUCAUCCACAACUGGGACUUUGUCCCCAGACGAGUGUGCUGCCAGUGCUCCAGUCUCCUCCUCCACCUCUCAUCGCGACCGCUACUGAGAGUUGCGUCGACCAACCCUCUCCUCUACACACACGUGCAGGACCUGGUGGAGGUGGAGAGCCUGAGAACUGACCUUCUCCACAUGCGGUCACUCCUGGCCACCUGCCAGCUGGCUCGCGACCGCCAGCUACUCCAUCAAUUGGAUGCAUUCCCAAACUUUAAGGAGGAUGUGUCGUUGCUGACGCUCCACGAGAUGGUGGAGAUUCAAAACGGGUAUCUGCUGCCGGCUCUGAAUGACAUCCACAGAUGCUUCGCCAAACACAUCACAACUGAAUGUCAGACUUGUUCGUCACAAGGCCAGACUUGUCCCAUGUGCAGUUCGGCCGAGCCCAUCUUCCCCUUUGGCCACCAGGUGUCCGUCUGUGCACACUGCUCUGCCACCUUCCACAAGGAUUGCUUCAGUGAAGUCAGCUCCUGCCCCACAUGUCACAGGACAAAAACCUAAUUUAUCGUGUUUUGUGUUUCAGUUUGUUCAAAUCGUUUAUCAAUAAUGUCGCAUUUGAAAAACCCCAACGUAUAAUGGACGUCAAUGUUGAAGCUUCUAUAGCACAUAGUAAAAAUAUUUUGCUUAUUACGAGAAGAGUUGUCCCUCUCAGACUAGUGGGCUGUUACAGCUCCUGGUGGCUCUUGGCUUGUCUCUCAUCUUGCCACCCACCUCUACCCUCCUCCUCUUCCUCUGGAACCUCUUUCUCCCAAUCAUACUCCUCCUCAUCUUCUCCUCUGGAACCUCUUUCUCCCAAUCAUACUCCUCCUCAUCGUC